AUGGCUGAAGCAAAACCUCAGGAAGAACACUGUGAAAACUCAAUAAAGAAGAUGGAGAAGUGGAACAGGGACUUAGAAAAACUUCUGGAGGAAAUGGAAAAAAUAACAGUUCGUGCAGCCUGGAUGACCUACAACAUCGUCACCAUCCACACCAACCCAGACCUGGCCAACUCCAUGAGGCGCCUGCAAGACGCCUUCCUGAGGUGCAAAGAACAGCUGGGGAAGAAGUGGCAAGAGGUGCUGAAGGAAUCCGAAGGUGAAGAGGGAUAA